GUUUCAUGGAAAUUGGCAAUCACGGAAGCACAGCAGACUAAGAAGAGAGAGAAAAACAGAGGAGGGAGGGGGAGAGAGAGAGAGAGAGAGAGAGAGAGAGAGGCAGAGUAGCGAAGGCGAAUUGGGAACGAUGCUAACAACAAACUGAAAACCUCACCGUCUCCGGCUGAGCAGCGACAGCUCUGUGAAAUUGUUCGAUUUUUUCUUGGGUUCUGAAGGGUACGAAAUUCAGCUAUGGCGGAUCUGUACGGAUCAGCGCCGGACUCGGAAGAAAUCUCAAACAUUAUCAACGAGCUCCUUCACGGUCACGGCUCCUCCGCUUCCUCGGCCUAUUCUAGCAUGCCCUUUAAGCCCACUUACAUGCACCUGCUGCAUUCGUCAGUGCCGCUGCCACUCCAGGCGGUGACGCCGUCCGAGGUCUUGAUUCCGGAGGCCAGGCAUGAGGAUCAUCGGCGGUUUGCUCAAUUGGUGGAUCGGUCUGGCUCGGACCAGCGAGUAGUGGGAGGAAAUUCGAACUCUGUGUUAGAGUCGUCGUCCGGGUUCCACUUCUCCGAUUCCGGUGGCUACUUCACGGCGGAGGUGAAAGAAGGUAUGGAGUCUGAUGGGAGGAGGAUUUCGUCUGAGAAUGAUCUCGGCGACUUUAGCUGUGACAGUGAGAAGGGUCUGGAGGAGGCUCCGGACGUGCAAUUGAACUCAGCGCCUCCGCGGAAUUCAUCGAAGAGGAGCAGAGCUGCCGACGUCCAUAAUAUGUCGGAAAAGAGGAGGAGGAGUAGGAUUAACGAAAAGAUGAAAGCUUUGCUGAACCUGAUUCCGAAUUCUAACAAGACGGAUAAGGCUUCGAUGCUGGAUGAAGCAAUCGAGUAUUUGAAGCAGCUCCAGCUUCAGGUACAGAUGUUAACGAUGAGAAAUGGAUUGAGUUUGCAUCCAAUGUGCUUACCAGGAGUCAUGCAGCCUAUGCAGUUGCCUCAUAUGGGAUUGAGCUUUGAAGAAGGAAGUAAUAAAUUUCCAAAAUCCAGCAAGGGAAUAAGCCCUUUUUACGGGAGUGGAGAGAACUCAAUGCAAUCUGCUUUCAAUUUAUCCGCCGGAUACAUGAUCUCAAAUCCACCAAUGGUCAUACCCUCAGUUGCAAAUGUCCCGACUUCAGAACCCACAUUUGGUUUUGAAACAUCGGUUCAAGCUCACUACAGACUCUUCAGUGUCCCCUCAUCCUCUAAGGAACUCUUCAGUGACGGUGAACCACAAUCAAAAAUAGAUACCAUUAGGACAGGGAAAAACUCUUCAUCCGACGUUGAUGUAUGAAAUUGCAGCCUGUUUUCAUACAGUUCUUUUUCUUCAACCAAGCAAGAGACUAUCAUCAUCUUCGUUCAUAUACUUUGAUUAGGUUAUAAAUUGUUAGUAUUUUGCUAAGUGUAACAGGUUGACUCGAUUGUCGUAUUUCUGCUGUUGAUGCUUCUUAACUUGUAUAAAAAUACUUGGUACCAGUCUUGGUAUUCUCCAUUUAUAAAGCCAUGGUUUUUUUUUUCUAGCUUUA